AUGCUUUUAUUUCAAGUACUCAUCACUACUCUGAUCUCAACUCCUUAUUUUGCUCUUGCUAUAUAUAAUGCAGUUGCUAUAGUUAUGUUUCGAUACAAACUCUCACCAUCUGGAUUGGCUAGUUACAAUUUUGCAUAUAGUUUUUUUCAAUUACUUCACUAUACCAAUCCUGUUAUUACUUUUUAUAUUUAUACUCUGACUGGUCCAAAAUUUCGCGUCGAAAUGAAACAUUGUAUUCAACAUGGAUUAAAAUUCAUUUUGACAGCAUUUGGUCUAAUGCGAUGUUUGCCAUUAAGAGCUCGACAAGCAUUAUUCGGUGAGAAUCAAGUUAGGGGUACCAAUAAUAUAUCUUUACCACAAAGCAGAAGAAGAGGAAAUGCUGUUCAUCCUACUCAACAAAAAGCAACGACGAACAUGACACCUGUUGCAUAG